AGAUACCUUGGGUGGAGGCACACAGAGUGAAUGCGAAUUAAAAUACUAGUUGAUUUCAGUUUCAUUGCACCUCAUGAAGUGAAUAUACAUUCGAAGAACAAAAGGAACUACCCACUCAAACAGCACCGAUAUGGUGGCGAUCAAGAACGAAGAAAACGAAAGUGAUUCCAAUGUACCGUACAGCAGGAUGGGGGAAUAUCAUUCUUCUGAUUCGCUAGAAAGUCGCGAUCCGCCACAACAUCCCGAUUCUCGUAAAGAAUCGGGCCAAGAUCAAGGCAGUGAUAACAGAAAUCGUACCAGCACAAGUGAUAGUGACCUUAUCGGUGAGCCCGACAUGGAUGAAGUGGAAGCGGAUGAAAUCAUUUCGGCUGCGGAAGGUUUUGGGAGCGGAGCCCGGAGAGGAUCGUCACAAUCCACGGCGGAUAAGCAACAGGUGGUUUACGGGAAGACGACAACGACAACCAGAAACGCCCAACAGCCACAGUCCACCCUCAGAAUGUUGAGCAAGAAGUUGCUGCUGGUUAACUUGCUUGCAAACUUUCUAAUGUUUGCCAUAGCCGGUUUCAUCACGUAUCAUUGCUUCAACAAGGCCACCGUCCUGUUUUCGUGGCAUCCGACUUUUAUGAGCAUCGGGUACUUCAUUCUGAUGUCCCAGGCCGUACUGACACUGUCCGGAGCGAACCUACUGACCUACAGGCAACACCAGAAAACUCGAAUCCUCAUCCAUUGGAUCCUCCAAGCACUGGCCGGCAUUCUGAUCACCAUUGCCUUCGUGUGCAUCUUCCUGAACAAGGUUCGCAUGGACAAGAAGCACUUCCAGACCACCCACGCCAUUGUCGGGCUCAUAACGGUCAUCCUCACGUUGGCCUCCAUUGGGGGCGGCAUUUUCACCAAAUACGGUUACCAGCUGCGACAUCUCGUCCGACCGAUCUACUCCAAGAUUAUGCACGGAGUGGCCGGCGUUGUGACUUACAUUCUUGGGUCGGCCACAAUCGCCCUCGGGGUAUACUCCCAGUGGUUCCAGGAGGACAACAACGGCCAGGUUCGGUUGGCACUGCUCAUCGGAAUCAUUGCCGUUACAUUGUACGUGAUCGUCAACCCUAUCGCAGCUACCAUCAGCCGAACGAAGACUGCCUUACGAAGCACGCUAUGAGCGACUCAAUUACCGGAUUAAUAUUUAUACACCUUAUCGCCUUAUCUAUUCCAUUAUGAGAGACCUGGUCUUAAACAUUGUACUAGGCUUUAAAGUUUUGGCUUUCGAAGAAUAUAUUUUUGAAGAAUUUUUAUACAACA